UCUCACUGUAGACGGUCGGAGGAGGAGUGAGGCUUGUAGUUUUCUCUGAAAGUGAAAUUGUCCGGGAUAGGCAUUCGGACUUUUUCGAUAUCUGAAAAAGAAAAUAGAUAUAGCAUAAAACUAUCUUCGGGUAGCCACAUUUUUUCUCUCUCUUGGUGAACGGAAUUAAGUUUUCAACAUGCCGGUUUUCCACACGAAGACGAUAGAGAGUAUCCUGGAGCCAGUGGCUCAGCAGAUAUCUCACUUAGUGAUCAUGCAUGAAGAAGGUGAGGUUGACGGUAAAGCGAUUCCAGAUCUCACCGGACCCGUGGCAGCAGUUCAGUCUGCUGUUAGCAACCUCGUGAGGGUGGGGAAGGAUACCGUUCAGACAACAGAGGACCAGAUCAUGAAAAGAGACAUGCCUCCUGCCUUCAUCAAGGUGGAGAACGCCUGCGGGAAGCUGGUCCAGGCCGCGCAGAUGCUGAAAUCCGACCCCUACUCCGUCCCCGCCCGCGAUUACCUCAUCGAUGGCUCCCGCGGAAUCCUCUCCGGGACCUCAGAUCUGCUCCUGACCUUCGACGAGGCCGAGGUUCGCAAAAUCAUCCGCGUCUGCAAAGGUAUUCUGGAAUAUCUGACGGUGGCUGAGGUGGUGGAGUCGAUGGAAGACCUCAUAACGUACACUAAAAAUCUGGGACCAGGAAUGACGAAAAUGGCGAAGAUGAUUGACGAGCGCCAGCAGGAGCUCACUCACCAGGAGCACAGAGUGAUGCUGGUCAACUCCAUGAACACGGUCAAGGAGCUGCUGCCUGUGCUCAUAUCAGCCAUAAAGAUCUUUGUGACAACGAAGAGCGCGCAGAGCCAGGGCGUGGAGGAGGCGCUGAAGAACCGCAACUUCACCUUCGAGAAGAUGAGCAGCGAGAUCAACGAGAUCAUCCGCGUCCUGCAGCUUACGUCCUGGGACGAGGACGCCUGGGCCAACAAGGACACGGAGGCUAUGAAGCGAGCUUUGGCCCUCAUCGACUCCAAGAUAAACCAGGCCAAAGGCUGGCUCAGAGACCCUAAUGGCCAACCAGGCGACGCUGGAGAGCAGGCCAUCCGCCAGAUCCUGGACGAGGCUGGGAAGGUCGGGGAGCUGUGCGCCGGGAAGGAGCGGCAAGAAAUCCUGGGAACGGCCAAGACCCUGGGUCAGAUGACGGACCAGGUGUCCGACCUGCGCGCCAGAGGGCAGGGAGCCUCGCCCGUGGCCAUGCAGAAAGCCCAGCAGGUGUCCCAGGGUCUGGACGUCCUGACUGGGAAGGUGGAGAAUGCUGCCCGAAAGCUGGAGGCCAUGACCAACUCCAAACAGGCCAUCGCCAAGAAGAUCGACGCUGCGCAGAACUGGCUGGCGGACCCCAACGGCGGCCCCGAGGGGGAGGAGAACAUACGGAACCUCCUCGCCGAGGCCAAGAAGAUCGCCGACCUGUGCGAGGACCCCAAGGAGCGGGAGGACAUCCUGCGGUCCAUGGGAGAGAUCGCCGCCCUCACCGCCAAGCUGUCUGAGCUGCGCAGACAGGGUAAAGGGGACACCCCAGAGGCCCGAGCCCUGGCCAAGCAGAUCGCCACAGCGCUGCAGAACCUCCAGUCCAAGACCACCAAGGCCGUGGCCAACAGCCGACCCGCCAAGGCCGCAGUCAACCUGGAGGGGAAGAUCGAGCAGGCCCAGCGCUGGAUCGACAACCCCAACGUGGACGACCGUGGAGUGGGCCAGGCAGCAAUCCGGGGCCUGGUGGCGGAGGGCCGGCGCCUGGCUAACGCCAUGGUGGGGCCGCACCGCCAGGAGCUCCUGGGGAAGUGUGAGCGCGUGGAGCAGCUGAUGGCGCAGCUGGCUGACCUGGCGGCCCGCGGCGAGGGAGACUCCCCCCAGGCGCACGCCGUCGCCGAGCAGCUCCAGGAAGCCCUCAAAGACCUGAAAGGGAAGAUGCAGGAGGCGAUGACUCAGGAGGUGUCGGACAUCUUCAGCGACACCACCACUCCCAUAAAGCUGCUGGCCGUAGCGGCCACCGCCCCUCCCGAUGCCCCCAACCGUGACGAGAUGUUUGACGAACGGGCCGCUAAUUUCGAGAGCCACGCCAACAAGCUGGGCGCCACGGCUGAGAAAGCUGCUGCCGUGGGAACAGCCAAUAAGAGCACAGUGGAAGGCAUCCAGGCAGCCGUGAAGUCCGCCAGGGAGCUUACACCACAGGUCGUCUCUGCUGCUCGAAUCUUGCUGAGGAACCCAGGAAACCAGGCUGCCUACGAGCACUUUGAGACCAUGAAGAACCAGUGGAUUGACAACGUGGAAAAAAUGACUGGUUUGGUGGAUGAAGCCAUUGACACCAAGUCACUGCUGGAUGCUUCUGAGGAGGCCAUCAAGAAGGACCUGGACAAGUGCCGCACUGCCAUGGCCAACGUGCAGCCCCAGAUGCUGGUUGCCGGAGCAACCAGCAUCGCCCGUCGGGCCAACCGCAUCCUGCUGGUGGCCAAGAGGGAGGUGGAGAACUCCGAGGACCCCAAAUUCCGGGAGGCAGUGAAAGCAGCCUCGGACGAGCUCAGCAAAACCAUCUCCCCCAUGGUCAUGGACGCCAAGGCCGUGGCAGGGAACAUUCAGGAUCCAAGUCUGCAGAAAGAGUUCAUGGACUCGGGAUACAAGAUCCUGUCUGCAGUGGCCAAAGUCAGAGAGGCCUUCCAGCCACCUGAACCCGAGUUCCCCCCUCCACCUCCAGACCUGGAUCAGCUCCACCUUAACGACGAGCCAGCUCCUCCCAAACCGCCCCUCCCUGAGGGCGAGGUGCCGCCCCCCAGGCCCCCUCCCCCAGAGGAGAAGGACGAGGACUUCCCCGAGCAGAAGGUGGGCGAGGUGGUGAGCGAGCCCAUGAUGGUGGCUGCUCGUCAGCUCCACGAUGAGGCGCGCAAGUGGUCCAGCAAGCCCAGAGUUGCUGACCGCAUUGAGCUCGACGUGGCGGUCAGGGGUGUAGAUAUUUACGCUGAGGACGAAGCGGAGGACGUUGAUUUCGCCCUCCCCUCAGACUACGACGACGAUUACGUCCCCGCUCUGCUUACAAUGCCCGCCAAUGAGUCGGUCAACCAGCCCAUGCUGGCGGCCGCACUGGCCUUACACCAGGAGACCAGCAAGUGGAGCAGUAAGGGUAAUGACAUCAUCGGAGCGGCCAAGCGAAUGGCGUUGCUGAUGGCGGAGAUGUCGCGCCUGGUGCGUGGAGGCAGCGGAAACAAGCGCGCCCUCAUUCAGUGCGCCAAGGACAUCGCCAAGGCCUCGGACGAGGUCACCCGGCUGGCCAAGGAGGUGGCCAAGCAGUGUACCGACAAGAGGAUCCGCACCAACCUGCUGCAGGUGUGUGAGCGCAUUCCCACCAUCAGCACACAGCUGAAGAUCCUGUCCACGGUGAAGGCCACCAUGUUGGGCCGCACCAACAUCAGCGAGGAGGAGUCUGAGCAGGCUACGGAAAUGCUGGUGCACAAUGCCCAGAACCUGAUGCAGUCCGUGAAGGAGACAGUGAGGGAGGCAGAGGCGGCCUCCAUCAAGAUCCGGACAGACGCCGGCUUCACCCUGCGCUGGGUGAGGAAGACCCCCUGGUAUCAGUAGGGGGAGCCACUGAUCCUCAGCCUCCACAGGAGAGAACACCCGUCAGAGUGGGCAGGCACCUCCCACUUCCAAAAAUCACCGAAAGCUGUCCGCUUGUCUUUCCCUUGGACUCUGUUUGUAUAAAAGAAACACAAAAUGAAAACAAUUGCCUACUCAUUAAUCCCUUUGGGGUUUUUGUUUAUUUAGAAAUGUAUUUUUGGUUUGUGCAGAGCUACCUUCAGCAUUAACCAUUCAGGAAUGUACACUAGGAGACAAUCCAAUCAAGCAAGACAUUAACUAGUAAUAGGUUUUUUUUUUCUGGGAAGUUACUUUUUUGAUAAUGUAAAGAAAAAAUAGAACAUUAUUUUUCAUAUGUUGGGUUUUGAGAGUUUAUGCAAAAUCCCAGGUAUAUAUUUUCUGAGUGGAGUUUCUAUUUUGCUAUCAAGGUUAAGACUUUUUUUCUUUUUUUUUUUACUACAAAUGUCUGUCAUUGCAGGAAUAUGAAAGUUCAUAUUGAAGAUAACUGUUUACUUCAGCCUAAAUUUAAGGAUUUUCUUUGUGGCAAACGUUUUCUACAUUUUUAACAGCUUUCUACAUUUUAUUAUUUCCAUAACCAGAAAGGUCACCUUUGUACAAGCAGAUAAACACACAGGGAUAUUAUAUAAAUGAAUAUACAGCUAUACACGCAAAGUCAUAAUCUGGCUAUUCACACUAAGCUAUCAUUUGUAACUUGAAAAAACACCGUUUCUGAUAUUUAUUUACAAAGGUGAACAUUUAUUUAGCUUUUUCAGUUGUUUUUAACACACGCAAAGUAUUUUGCUUCAUAUUGUGUAUAGUCUGCCAAAACACAUUUUGCUUUCGUGUCAUAAAUGAUACCAAAGAUCUAGUUUCUUCAAAAUAUUUUUUCCUACUUUAGCAAUACCAGAAAACACUAAGGGCUAGAUCCUUGAGCACUGCGGUAUCUGAAGUCUUCAGUUUUUUCUGCCCAAUAGAUGAAUUUUUAAAAAUCAUCUUAAAGAUCAUAACAUGACUUCAAGUUAAAUGUUUAAAAUUGUGAAAUGUCUGUGUUAUAUGUUGCCAUUAUUUUUUUGUUUUUGUAGAAACAUGUUUAAAAAAAGUAAAGUGUAAGAAUUUUAUUAACUAGCCCUAUGAAAGCAAGAUAUAUUUAUGUUGUUGUGGUGACAUUAGCCUGCUUCCAGAGAUGACCACUAACAAUACAAGGCAUUCAGGUGGUUGUACUGUCUUUUUCCCUACUAUUCAACAAAACGCACCUGUCUUUAUGUUUUACUAAAUUCAAGCUUCAGUAUUAUUGAGCUAUAUUUUACCACAUAACAUUGUUGCAUUUAUUUUCAAAUAAGGCGGAAGAGGUAAAUGCUUUGUAUGACAGAUGAGCCUGGUAUCAGUGCAUGACGUAUGUUCCUGGUGGAUUGUGUGGUUGAAGCAAGAUAUUCCAUGUUUAUUUCCCAAGUGAAGGCAAUGUAGUGUUGGUAAACCAAGUACUGUUAUUCUGUAUUCUACACUUGCAGCUGUGUUGCUGCAAGAGAAUAUCCCACGAUUGUCAAUCUGCAUCUUUCCAUCGAUGAAAAGUAGGCGCCCUGAACUAAGGAGCAGUAGUUAAUGAAGGCAAUGUUGUGAACACACAAUACACGAUGUGUGGAGAUGAAAGGAAAUAUAAGUGUAGGGUGCUUACAACAUGUAAACCUUUUAACAGCGUGAAUCAAACCUCCUGCAGUUUGAAUGUAAAUGUACAUUUAUAGACUUCAUUUACAGCACCCCGUAGCCCUCAUCUGAAUGAUGUGCCUUGAAAUAAACAUUUUUGUCUUCAUGUAAUUGGUUGAAUUUAUUAAAAAAUGAUUCGCAUUGUUUAACCUUGUGGAACGCAAUGAUGUGGUAUAUUAUUGUCUGGGGAAAAUGCAUCAUUCAAAUGGAUAACAUUGUCAUUCUGUAGUCAUGAUUCAAAACUGAGUUUACAGUGUUACACUUCCGUCGGAUAGACAGUUUUGUAAUAAAGCGUUUUGUAACAUUUUA